AUGGGUCUUACAGAUAAUUUGCCCGAGAAGAACGAGGAAUAUGGAACGAAGCAGUACUGGGAUCAACGCUAUAGCCAGGAAGCAACGGAUGCCACAUUCGACUGGUUCAAAAAGUACGAAGAUGUGGCCGAUCUCAUACGUGAUGCCAUUCCAGACAAACAUGCCAGGAUCCUCAUGCUUGGAUGUGGUAACUCGACGCUGUCCGAAGACAUGUACGAUGAUGGCUACAAGAACAUCGUGAACAUCGAUUAUUCCGAUGUUGUGAUAGAACGCAUGAAGUCGCGCCACAGCGUUCGACCAGAGAUGGAAUGGCACGAAAUGGAUAUCAGAGAUUUGAAGUUCGAGAACAAUUCGUUCGACAUCGCGAUUGACAAGGGUACGAUGGAUGCGAUGAUGACCGCCAAAGGCGACGUUUGGGAUCCACCACAACAAGUGAUCGAUGAUUGUACGAAGGAAGUCGACGAAGUGAUCCGCGUGCUCCGAAAAGGAGGCCAGUUCCUCUACCUCACCUUUGGUCAACCACAUUUCCGAAAACGGUUUCUAGAGAGAGAAGGCACGACACUGGAGAUCAAGAGGAUUGGAGAAGCCUUCCACUACUAUUUCUACAUCUUGCGAGCUUGA